AUGGAAGAGCCUGUUCCUUUUGACCCCCACCAAUAUCAGGGACCUCCAGAAAGGCAAAACAUUGUCUUCAGUUCUCAUCCAGACUCCAAAGACACUUGGGCCUUUCUCACUCAUUGUUCUAGGGGUUCUGCAGCACCCAACGCAUACCUUUGGAAUGCUCUGUCCUUGAAGCCAGGGUUGGAGGGGUGUGACACUUCUCUCUAUGAGACCAUUCUACAACUCCAUAAGGACCAGUUGAACCUCCACAUGGAGAAAGAAAGACUGAAGAGGGCUGAAGAGCUGGAUUCCCUUCGAGGUCGACAAAGUCAACUCCAGGCCCAGGUAGAGAUGUGUAAGGAGAAGAUCGCUUUGGUGGAGGCCAGAGAGCAGAAGCUCCAGGACCAGAAUCAAAGGCUGCAGAGUGAGCUGGACAAGGAACAGGAAGAGGUGAAGAGGCUGCAGCUGUUGUUGACCACUCGGGGAACGCUGUAUAAUCACGAGCUGAAGAAGAAGGAGCAAGAGCUACGGAAGCUCAAAGAGAGAGUCCAGCUGGGAGAACGGAGGGACAAAAGGGCAUCUAUUGACAUUCUCAAUACCCUGAACCGGAUGGAUGGGAAACGCCCGUGGAAGGCAGGCAAGGCUGACAACAAGAAGGAAGGAGAACUGUUCCGGACUGUGGUGGCAAACCUAGAACACCAAGUGGCAGAAAUUUCCCAAGAGAAUAAAAAGCUGAAACAGAUCUUAGGCAGGAUGGACAGGGAUGUGAUCAGGCUGCUGAGCUUCCCCCAGAAUGAGCCUUCUGAUGAUGAUGGACAAGUAGCUACAGUUGACAAUGGUGAUGUAAUAUGGAGACACUGGAAUUCCCUCAAGAAGGAGGUGGAAAGAAUGAAGGGAAAUGCCCCAGAAGAAUACCUCUGCAGGGACCCCAUGAGUAUCAUCACAGACCAGGAUAAAGAGCUGGCUCAGCUGCGUCAGGAGAUCCAGCAGAGUCGGCAACUGAUUGUGUGGCAACAGCAGUGUUUCCAGGACCAGAUAAACCAAGCAGAGGAACUUCCCCAAGACAUCACCGGCUCAUAUUUCUUGGAGGAACAGUUGCAGCUUCAGGAGGCCAAGACAGUGUUCGCUCAGCAGCAGGCUAACUUUGAGCUGGAACGGCGUCGUUUUACGGAAGCUGCCAUCCGUCUGGGUCAUGAACGUCGCUGCUUUGAGCAGGAACGCGCCGUGUUCAUGAAGGACUGGCUGCUUCAACAACAGCGGAGUCAUUCCCUAGAGAGUCCACAGCUCUGUCCAGAUUUAUCAGCUCCUCAGACCCCAGAGCAACAGCUACGCCCAAAGAGUCCUGGGAUCACUCUCUUUUCCAUAAGUCACAAAAAGUUGGACAGAAAUGGUCCUGGCAAAGAAGCUUACUGGUAACCCCCCAGCAUAUAGACUCUUUAAGAAGUUUCCAGUUGGUAGGUGUGGAUAGAGGAUAACUUGGAAGGGUGGUGUGUGUGUGUGUGUGUGUGUGUGUGUGUGUGUGUGUGUGUGUGUGUUUUCGUUCACGCAUGCGCUGGGGGUUAUAAUACAAUGGGAUUGGAACAAAAGAAGAUUGAAUUUCUUUCCCAGAAUACCCUGUGGUCUUUUACAGGCAUGAUGGACAUAACAUUUAACAUUCUAGACCAUUUUGUUUUUUGGAUGGCUUUCUCCAAUAAUCAAUUGUCUUUAUGCAAAAAGUGGAUGUGAAGAUGCACAAUGUCUUUUUAUUUGGGGGGGGGAUCAA